AUGCCUCGAAUAAAGGCCAAACACGUGUUUCAAUAUGGGAGAUCUAACGGUCGGAGUUUGAUCACUAAUGAGGAAGGCAAAGAGUUAAUCGAGUCGUUCAUGCUGGAAGUGUACGCGGACGGUGUUAAGGAACUGAAGCCGUGGAAGGCAGAUACCCUGGGACACAACGCGGAACUCAGGAGGAUAGUGUCCCGCGGCGCUGAGCCCCUGUCCCCCACCCCUGUCCCGGAACCGAAGCGGCACUCGCAACCAGAUCAGUACACACUAGACAGCGAUUACAUAAAGCGGUACCUCGGCGAGCUGACUCCCAUGCAGGAGUCCAGACUGCUGCAGCUCAGGAAGUUGAUCGCUGACUUGCAGAAGGGAAAGGUUCCAAGUGACACGACACUACUCAGAUUCCUGCGCGCCCGAGACUUCAAUGUGGAGAAAGCGAGGGAAAUGCUCUCGCAGUCGCUGCUCUGGCGGAAGAAGCAUCAGGUGGACAGGAUCCUGUCGGAGUACGAGACGCCAGACGUGGUGAAGCAGUACUUCCCUGGAGGGUGGCAUCAUCAUGACAAGGACGGACGUCCGCUGUACAUACUUCGACUUGGACAAAUGGAUGUGAAGGGAUUGCUGAAGUCAGUCGGUGAAGAUGGCCUCUUAAAGUUGACUCUUCACGUAUGUGAAGAGGGCCUCAAACUGUUAGAAGAGGCGACACGUUCAUCCGAGCACGCAGUCCACUCCUGGUGCCUACUGGUGGACCUGGACGGGCUGAACAUGCGCCACCUGUGGCGGCCCGGAGUGCGCGCGCUGCUCCGCAUCAUACAGAUCGUGGAGGCGAAUUAUCCGGAGACUAUGGGACGGGUGCUCAUCGUCAGGGCGCCCAGGGUGUUCCCUAUAUUGUGGACCAUUGUUAGCACGUUUAUUGACGAGAACACGAGAAGUAAAUUUUUGUUUUACGGCGGCAAAGAUUACCUGCAACCGGGCGGCCUCCUCGACUACAUACCCAAGGAUCUCAUACCGGACUUCCUCGGCGGACCCUGCAAGAGCUUCGUCCAUGAAGGUGGAUUGGUACCGAAGAAUUUGUACGUAGCAGGCGUGUUCACAGAGCGGGAUGGCGAUCCUCUCAGCGAGGAUAGCGUGUACCGAUGUGUCAGUCUAGGGAAGGGACAGUUCCACGAGGUGAUAGUGGUGAACCGGGACCCGCAGAGCGUGCUCACGUGGGACUUCGACGUGCUCAGGCACGAUAUUGCGUUCACCGUGUACCGUAGCGAACAAGAGCUGGACCAUCCGACACGAGACGACGUCAACUCAGGUCUAUGCGUGAGCGUGUCCGGCGGCGGCGAGGACGCGGCCGGAGCACACUCGGUGCUGGAGCAGCGCGGCUGGCGCGAGGGUCACCACUACCACCGCGUGGAGCCCACCCUCGUGUGCCACGACGGCGAGAGUAUACAGGGCUCCCACGUGAUGAUGGAGUGCGGCAGCUACGUGCUGCAAUGGCGCUCCGAACUCCUGGACACCACGCACCGCGCUGCACAGCUGGUCUACUUCCACGAGACUCUCGCCAGCCACCAUUACAAGGGUUCGAUGUCGAGCUUGCAGUCCGGUACGAGUGGGUUCUCAUGCCUGAGUGGCAAGUCGGCUGCGAGUUCCUGUCCAUCGCGGUGAUGGCCGCCAUCGGCGCCCGCGCCGAACCCGCCACUGUCGCCACCCCCGCCACUGUCGCCACAGUCGUCACACUCGUCAACUUCGCCACCUACGGCACCGUCGCCACCACUAUACAGCUAAGCGUCAGCAUUAGUUUGUUUUUGGCUACGCUACUAUUGAUGACGUGGUUCACCAUUAUAUAUGAACCGACGUUUCUGUCUAUUGCUAAUAUUCAGAUUUAAAAUAUAUGAUAAAGUAAUUAUCACCUAAUAA